AUGAUCAAUCAAUGUGGCUAUCGUAAUAAGAUGGAUAUCGACAAUCUAAUGAACUACCCAGGUGAAAAUGAAGCAUGUUCGGAGGUUCAGAGUUUAGAAGAUAUUGUGGGUACUAUCAUUGAGAACAAUGCAGAGGAUGGCGGCGAAGAUGAUACGAUGUCUUUGGAGCCUAUUACGCGAAAGGAAGCACUUAUAGCGUCGAACACUCUUCACAAUUUUAUGAUACAAUACAAAAAUACAACACCUAAGCUAUUGGAUGUAAUAAGAAAAGUUAGAGAUGAACUCCAAAUAGACUUGAACUUUAAAGGAAAACAGACAACUAUUGAAUCAUAUUUCAAUAGAGUGUAA